AUGGCGGUCGGAAUUCAUCGUAUGAAACACAGUAUAUCCUCGAAUGCUACUAAUCGGACUGCAUCUAGAUUAGCACGUCGUGUGAAACCAGAUCUAUGUCGUUUAGCAACUUUUCGACAAUGGAGAACCAAUACUCAAUCUAAUGUUUCACCUGCUGUACUCGCUAAAGUUGGAUUUUCAUAUACGGGAAAAGGCGAUAAAGUACAAUGUGACGCAUGUGGACUUGAAAUUGAUAACUGGAAAAGAGGGAUGGAUCCCAAGCAAGAACAUAUCAAUCGGCGACCUGAUUGUCCGUUUGUUCUAGAUCAACAUGAAAUAUUUUCAAAAAAUGAUCAAUCAAUAUCAAUUAUCAAGUCACCCAUUGCACGUACUCAUGUUGCGAACUCGGAUAUGCGAAGCUACAAGGAUCAUGGUGGUGGUGAUAUUGGAGAUAUGAACAAGAAAGGCAUUGAGAAUCCAUUCGUUUUUUCGUUAUCAACUGAAACAAUGGACAAGGCUCGAACGUAUACAUUAUCAAAUUGGCCAUCAAUAACACCAAGUGCUCAAGAAAUGACAUACGCAGGCUGGUGGUAUACUAAUAUAGCAGACCGGGUAAUUUGUAUUCACUGCGAUGCAAUGUUUCACAAUUGGAAUGAAACCGAUAGACCUUAUGAGAUUCAUCGGCUUAAAUCUCCUCAAUGUUUUUUUGUUCGUUCAAAUGAACAGAAAGGGACUAACAAUCAAAGACAAGUACCUGUACCUAUUCCGGCGACGAAUGAUGUACCUAAUAGUCAGACUAUUGUUGGAGCUGUACAUGCUGACUAUGCAGCAGUUUUUCGUAGGCAUCAAACAUUUGAGAAUUGGCCUGCAACCGAGCAAACAGCAUUACCAUCCAUUGAAUCUUUCGUUGAUGCAGGAUUUUUUUAUACAGGUGAUAACACUGUUGUCCGAUGCUUUUAUUGUAAUGGUGCAUUACGAAAUUGGCAAGCUUCGGAUGAUCCGAAAAUUGAACACGCACGUUGGUUUCCACAAUGUGCGUAUAUUCGACAGUUUAUCGGUGAGAAUCUUUACCAAGCUAUACAACGUAAAAAUCGUGAAUUACGUGCACAACAAAAUUUACAAGACAGUAAUACUAGUGAGACUUCACAAUAUAGUCCAUGGACAAAUGAUGAAAUUGAUCGAAUGGUCAAAGCGCGUCUUGAUUUACCAGUUGUUGAAAAACUUCGACAAGAAGGCUAUAGUAUGGCAAUUAUUCGAAAAGUUUAUGAAAUGCAGCUUCGUUUUAAAAAGGAUGAUUUUAAAAGUGAUGUUGACCUUCGUGUCGCAUGUCUUAUUCUCGAUAAACAAGUUAAAUUGAUCAAUGGAAAUGAGAACAAUAUACUUAUUCCGCAAAACUGGAUGAAAAAAUAUAUUGAGGAACAAGCACGAGGCAUCGGAUUUCGACAAAGUGAUACUAAACAAACAUUACCAGUUCAAAAAACGGAACCGCCGAAAAUUAUUACAACAGUUGCACCAGGUCCAAAAUUAAUGCCGAAGACAGAAGAGUCAACUCCUUGUCUUCUAUGUUUGAACACAGAACGUCAAGUUGCAUGUUUACCAUGUGGUCAUUUAACGAGCUGUGUAGCAUGCGGUCACAAAGAUCCAUUAUCAAAUUCUCUAUGA